GGGAAUUAUUCCUAUGUUUAGGAUGUCAUGGUGCAUUUAAGGAGCUGUCUCCUUAGUAGCAUUAACGAAUUAUACAUGAAGUAUAAUCUAUCCUAUUUGAGGUUGCCUGCACAUGUAACCAUUUAUGGGUUAUUCACUUGGCCUCUUCACCACCAAUCUUAUUGCCCAUCUACCAUUAAUUGUGAGCUUGGAAUGACUCAUACAGCAAGUUUCUCCUACUCUUAGCCUUUCUUAGGAUAGCACCCUUCUAGAUUUGACCACACCUCUUCUCAACAUUCUCCAAACAGAUCUGGCCUUGCCUUGAGAGCAGAAUAAAUACAAUCUUCCUUUUGACAUGGAAAUUGAGGUUAAGUAACCUAUACGACAUUAUACAGCUGACAUUCAAAUCGAGUUCUAAUGCAUCCUACUCUGGUGUUAAAAGUACAAUCCAUUUUCUCUCUCGUUAUCCUAUUUCCUUCAUAGAACUUGUCACAAUUCAUAAUUAUCGUUUGCUUAUGUCUCCCUCAGGAGAUGUUAGUUCUGUGAGAGAAGGUAUGUUAUCUGACCAGUGUUCAAUGUUCAGAGCUGUAUCCCAGUGCCAGGAACAUAAAGUGCUCAAAAUACUAAUUGGAUUUAAAAAGUUAACAUUUUCCCAACAUGUAAAACUUUUUUUUUUUAACUACAAAACAGUUAUUUGCAAAAAUACUUUCCUUUUCUUUAGGUAUGCUAUGUCUAAAAGUGGAUAUUUUCCCUGAUAAGUAAAAAUGGCCAAUUCUUUAAGAGGAGAAGUACUGAAUCUUUAUAAAAAUCUGCUGUACCUUGGACGGGACUAUCCAAAAGGAGCAGACUAUUUUAAAAGGCGUCUGAAGAAUGUUUUCCUUAAAAACAAAGAUGUGAAAGACCCAGAGAAGAUCAGAGAACUUAUUGGACGGGGCGAAUUUGUAAUGAAAGAGCUAGAAGCUUUAUAUUUCCUUAGGAAAUACAGAGCUAUGAAACAACGCUAUUAUUCAGAUACCAAGGAAACUAACUGAUCAUUACUAUAAUUUGACUCAAAACCAGUGCCAGCUAUUUAUGUAUAGCAAAUAUAAAAGUAAUUCUAACUUAAAGUGGCAACAUAUACAUCAUGUAAAAAAUACUUAAGCUGCCUUACGGAACUAAAACAGAUUUCAACUUCUAUUCAUACUGCGAGCUUUAUCAGCCACCUUUUAUACACAAUUUUAUACUAAAAUGGCAACUUAGCUACAUAAUGUUGCCAACUACAAAUUAUAAAUUAUUGAGCACCUAAUUUCAGAUGAAAAAAUAAUGUACUUAAAACAGUUUUAAUAGGUUUUUGCCAAUUAUUAUUAGCCCAUUUCUCCAUUUAACUGACAAUGCCACUUAAUUCACAUGUAACUAGGCAAAAUAAUUUCUUGCACAUUCUCUUAAUUUUUGGAGUACCUUAUUUUUUGACCCAUUUGGUACAACAGCAAGGUUCACUACAAAACAAAUAGCAAGCACCUGGUCGUGAUUUUAGUGCAACUGUAGAAAUAAUAAUAUAUAUCAAGAUUAUUUCUGAUCCUGAAAUAGCCUACCAGUGAUUGGGAUUUCAUACACACCUAUUCAAUAUUUCCAUUAUUUUGCUGCUAGCUCCCUUUGGGCCUAAAACAAAUCACCUGAUGUGUAUCAAUUACCUUCUUUAAUAAAAAUAAAUAAUGUUA